AUGAGCGCCAUGCUCCCUUUCCGGGACAUCAACGUCCACGCGUCCUCAACAUACUAUGCCUUCUCAUCGCCAUCAUCACCUGACGCUCCAACGCUGGUCGUAGACAGACCAUCUGGUGACCUCCGGCUCAACGAUGGGAAACUCAUUGGUGGAAACCGUGUCUCCAGUAUCUCUGGCAUCCUUGGAAUCAUCAAGCUCCGAUUAGAUAGCUAUGUGGUUGUCAUUAGCAAGUCUCAGGCUGUGGGACGUCUAAAGGGUCAUCAGAUCUACAAAGUCCUGGCGACUGAGUUCCUUCCCCUGCGCGAGCGCCAGGUCCACGACCCGGAUGAGGACACCUACCUGACCUAUCUCAAGACAUUGAUGAGGACCGGACCAAUGUACUUUUCAUACUCCUUUGAUUUAACCAACAGCUUCCAACGACAAGCCUACUCAAGCGCGAGCGAGCCACUCUGGGAGCGUGCUGAUGACCGAUUUUUCUGGAACCGCCACAUUUCAUCAUCUCUCAUCGACUUCCGCUUAGGAAAGGCUGGCGGCCGACUCUCUGCGGGAGGACAACCGGGCGUGGAUCCGUACAUCCUUCCCGUCAUGUAUGGAAUGAUGAGCAUCACCAACACGUCCAUCAAAGGUAACGGCAUGACUUUCGUGUUGAUCACUCGACGGUCAAGGCACAGGACUGGUACGAGAUAUCUCUCUCGUGGGAUUGAUGAGGAAGGGCAUGUUUCAAAUUUCAACGAGACUGAGCAAUCCAUCAUCCUCAACGACAAUGCCUCUAGUGGUAUGGCAAGCUAUGCUGGUGACGCCGGAUAUUCAAAAGGCAAGCCGGUCAGUGGACGAGAGACACAGGUUCUCUCGUACGUGCAGACUCGUGGAAGCGUGCCUGUGUUCUGGGCCGAGAUCAAUACGUUGCAUUACACUCCAAAGCUUCAGAUCCGCGGUGUCGAGACAGCAGCCAACGCUGCGAAGAAGCAUUUUGAUGAGCAAAUCUCAAUGUAUGGCGAGAACUACAUGGUCAAUCUCGUAAACCAGAAGGGCAGAGAGAUGCGGGUAAAGGAUGCGUACGAACAGGUGGUGAAGAUACUGCAGACUUCGCCGCAGGAAACGACUGAAGCCGACCGCAAGACGCGGGAAAAGUUCAACGUGAUCGAGCCUGGCGACAAACGCAGUUGGUAUGAUCACCUGCACUAUGUGUACUUUGACUUUCACAACGAGACAAAGGGCCUCAAAUGGCACCGAGCACAGCUCCUUCUGGACCAGCUGAAGGAUGGCUUGACCGCGGGAGGCUAUUUUCACAGCAUCGACAUGCCCUCCGGCGGCGUUGAUGUUCGAAGAAAACAGACGGCCGUUGUUCGAACGAAUUGCAUGGAUUGCCUCGAUCGCACAAAUGUUGUGCAAUCCAUGCUUGGGCGAUGGACACUGACCCGAAUGCUCAUCGAUUUGAGCGUAUUGCGACCCGGCGAAACGGCACAGGAUGAUCAGACCUUCGAGUAUCUGUUCCGUAAUGUUUGGGCCGACAACGCCGACGUCGUGUCGAAAACAUACUCUGGGACAGGUGCUCUGAAGACGGACUUUACCAGGACUGGAAACCGCACACGAGCGGGGAUGCUUCAGGAUCUGAGCAAUAGUUGUACCCGCUAUGUGAGGAACAACUUCGCGGAUGGACCUCGACAGGAUGCUUUCGAUCUAUUCCUCGGUUCCUACUCUCCUGACACAUCAGGCAUUGGUUCGGCCCAGCAGUUUGCGGAUCGCAGACCACUUGUGGUGCAGGCGGUACCAUACGUGCUCGGCUUCUGCAUCUUCUUUGUGAUCAUCAGCCUGAGCACGAAUCAGCUGCCCGAUUCGACCAUAUGGCCAUUACGGGCAUUCACCUUGUUCAGUCUGGCUGUUGCCGGAUAUGCAGGCCGGUUCAUGUGGAGCUACGGCGCACUAUAUGUCAAUUGGCCUAAGCUUAACACUCCGCAGUGGGCCGUCGAAGCGUAUCAAGACACUCUCGACAGGGUUGGCAAAGAUCCUCUAGUCGGCCAAUUCGUGGGCGGCAAGAGUGAUGGCCGUCUCAGCAAUCUCGAAGAAGGCAAGAAGCGUCGCGAGUAA